UGCUAAAUUCUAAAUCAUUGUUGAGUUUCCUGUGCUGGGAAAGGAGCGGUUUCCGGUUUCCAGGGCGACUUGCAGUCAAAAGUUCGCCAACUGCUUGUCUAGGCCGACGCGAGUUUCACGGCUUUCUAAACAGCCAGCCUGCAUGCACGUGUCUGUCCGUGCACUAGAAACGAGAAACACAAACGCAUGUGUACACGUAUAUUUACGUACGCGUGUGUUUAUCUCUGUAAAAGCUCACUUGUGCUAUAUAUGAGCAUGUUUCUGCGGACAUCUGAUCACUUGUGGCUGCGUGUCUCCGACAAGACUCAAGCGCUGCUGAGACUUAACCUCGACGUCUUAAAAGCUUUAUACAAGAGAAGAGAGUGUCCAGAUGUGGAGAUAUCGCCAUGUGCGGAGCUCCUUUCUCUUCUCUUUUGUUUCGCAUCUGCUCCUCCUCGUGUCGUGUGUUUCCUACGCCUUCUGCACUCGCCUUUUCUUGAGCCGAUGCAAAUACACCUCACCAGGUCUUACGGUCCGCAGUCUUCUUCGCUUUACCUCUCCUGGACCGCGCAGACGACAACUUCUCCCAUGGAUUCUCUGCGGUCUCAUUUCUUCAAGUCUGGCGUCGAAAGCUUACGCCGCGCGCCUACGACCAAGUGUACAUACACCUGGACCAGCGAGCUCGGGUGUCUCUUGACCCGCUUCACGCCCUUCUUACGAACUCUGCCGUCCCGUCGCGUCUCUUCCCCCGAAGUCUGUUAGCCUCUUUUUUAUAUUUUUCUGAAGCAAUUUUCUCCUUUUCUCUGACGAUGGCGCGUCUAUGUUUCCCGACUGUCCGUCCAGUGGUGCUGAGUCCCGCGGAGGUCGCGGCUCUUCUUUUGCGUUUCGGCUCUUCAGUGGUCCGAGCGCAGAUUGCGGAAGCCACGCGAAGGUCGCAUGCAUGCGCCACGUCCAGAGGGCACUCCUCAGAAGAGAGCGAAACCAUCGCUUCUUCCACUGGCCGCUAUUCCUUUAUCCAGCGCUGUCUCGCCGAGAACGCAAGCAGAAGGAGAGACAGGCACGAAGGCGACCGCCCUGAAUCUGCACAAAGCUCGACAGCCACAGAGACACUUCACGAGGAGCCUCCCAAGAGAGACCGGCGCGUGUUCAUCUUCGACGCCUCCUGGUCGGACCUUCCCGUCUUUGGCGGACGCGAUGCGGUGCGGGAGUUCAGGCACGGAGCUCGCCUGCCACAUGCAGUUUUUUUCAACGUCGAUGCAUGCAGCGACCGCGAGUCGCCCUUCCCCCACAUGAUGCCUGGCGCCACGGAGUUUGCGGUUUACUUGACCGAGAGAGCACUCGAGGCCAGGGCCCGCGAGGUGCAUGCAGGUUCGGGAGUUGCGGGUUCCAGCGUAGCGGAUUCCGUGGGUGAAGAAGCCUCUGAAAGAGAGAGGGAGAAGCGGGAGAGCGGCGCAGAGUUUGAUGACUCGGACGAGAAUGCUACGUUUUUCUCGAAGGACCGAAGAAACGAGAAACUUCCCUCGCGCCCGCCAGAGGUCGACCUCGAGAGAGACAUCUUUAUCGUCUACGACGGAGUCGGAGUCUUCUCCUCGCCGCGUGUCUACUUCAUGUUGAAGGCAUUCGGGUGCGCCAAUGUUUUUCUCCUAGACGGCGGCAUCAAGCGUUGGAUUGCAGAAGGGUACCCCACUGAGAGGGGUCCGUUGUCGGCAGUCGGUUUCGGCGAGCGCGAAACUUUUGUUUCGUCUGCAAGGGGGACGACGUCACAUGACACAGGACCCCCCGACUUACUUAUCCAGAGCGCAACGCACGCAGUCGAGAUGGUCGAAGCGGCGCAAAAUGCAUGCAACGCAGCCGUGGAUCUCGCGUCUCGUGGGGACGCAGAAGCCGCCGAGGCGCUGAGCGAGAAGGCCGCAGCCGCGGCAGUUGCGUCGGGCGUCAUGCGCGCCGCGGAGCUCCCACCCGUGCGUCUCGCCACUUCAUCCGUCGCCACGUACGACGCCAUCGUGAGCCAUAGCCGGGGUGUACAUACACCCGACGCAGGACGCGACGACGAGGAGGCAGGCGCGCGUGGACAGACACCGGAAGCACCGGAAGAGGGCGCGCGCUCGAGUGGAGAGAAAGGAGUGGAUUUUCUUCUCGUGGAUGCUCGCGUCCCGGGGCGGUUUUUCGGGACGGAACCGGAGCCGCGAGGAGACGUCCCUUCUGGACACAUUCCAGGCUCUCUCAAUCUUCCGUUUCCUGCAGUUUUGGAGACGAAGCAGUUCGACGAAAGGAGCGACACCGGCGCAGACUGCGAGCCUCUCUCGCCCUUCGCUUCUUCCCCCACAGAAAAGGCCUUUGCGUGGCACACGCUGAAGAAAGGCGAGAAACUUCGAGAAGCUCUACAACCCGUUUUCACUAGAGUGGGAGGGGCGCUGCUCAAGACGCAAGAACACGAGGAAAGCCAAAGGGCCAGCAGAGACAGCAGAGACAGUGAGGAGACACACACGCAGGUUGUUGUGACCUGCGGCAGUGGGAUGACUGCAUGCGUUCUCUACGUCGCCCUCGUGGAAGCUGGAGUCGACCCGAGGGCCCUCGCCGUCUACGACGGGAGCUGGGCAGAGUACGCAACGCGCCGUUUGUUGGAGCAUGACGGAGAAGGCAUCAUCCCGCGAUUAAACGAACAAGAGGCAUCAGAGUGGAGAACAAAGAUCUUGCACGCGCGGCUUUCGGGCAACAAGGAACUCUGAUGUCUGAGGGGGAACCCUGAACGCCAGGGCGUCGUACGAGCGAGAGAAGGAAAGGCGACGAACUCCGACGUCGUAGAGAGCCAACCACUUCUGCAAAGGUCGAACACGGGGAAAGGCAGACACUUUGGAGAUGAAAAAAAAGGGAGAUGAAAAAACAUGCGCACGUGUGUAGCAUAUGUGUGUGGAUGUGCACGCUGCCGGGUUUUAUUAAAAUGUGUUUGAGCACUCCGCUGUUGCUCAAGCGCGAAGCCGGUGGUGUUUAUAAGUGGUUGAGAGUGAGAAAGAGAUCUACAUAUGAAGAUGUUGAACUGCAUGGUUAACUUGUUGUAUUGAGUUAUCUGCGUGUGAUAGUUCGAUCAAACCAAAACACCGCGCGUCGAAGAAGAUCAAUCCAGUUUCAAGUAUGAUAGAUACUUUGCUUCCGUCAUGAACGCAUGAGGAGUUGUCUUCAAAUGAUAUGGGGAUCACUACGGGGAAGAAACGGUAUUUUCAGGGGGCUCUGAACGGCCUGUCGCAGUGAGAUGCUUGCCCGCAGUCGUCGGAAAUGAAUGCACGCAUGUGGACCGGAAGGGGAAGCGAAAGGCGGUCUGUGCGCCUUAAGACUGACAAGGAAAUCGGCGACAGUGUGUCUCUUGCAAAGGAGUAAAGUGGAGUGUCUCAGCUGUCAAGAAAGGCCCCAGUCCUAUUUUCGAUGCUGCAAAACCAGAAAUACGAUGGCCACUUUUUUCGCCGACACUCUAGGGAACGCGGUGGUUUCGUCUCUUUAUCCCAAAGCAGACCAACAAAGUUCUUAAGGGAAGAUAAAGUUAAAGACGUACCUCUGUCUCUGUCAUUCGUGCAUACUCCGUUUGUACCUGUACACAACCCUG